AUGAGCAGAGUGGUGGAGGAGAUCCGUGGCUGUAUUGAAAAGCUGUCAGAGGAUGGGGAACAGGUGAAGAAGCAGCACAGUGCCAUCCUAGCAGCACCAAACCCUGAUGAAAAGACUAAGCAGGAGUUGGAGGACCUCACAGCUGACAUUAAGAAGACAGCCAAUAAAGUGCGCUCUAAAUUAAAAGCAAUCGAACAAAGUAUCGAGCAAGAGGAAGGGUUGAACAGAUCAUCUGCAGAUUUGCGGAUCCGCAAGACACAGCAUUCCACGCUGUCACGCAAGUUUGUGGAGGUGAUGACAGAGUACAACACCACGCAGUCCAAAUACAGGGACCGUUGCAAGGACCGUAUUCAGAGACAACUGGAAAUUACUGGCAGAACAACUACCAAUGAGGAGCUGGAAGACAUGUUGGAGAGCGGGAAGCUGGCGAUCUUCACUGAUGAUAUCAAAAUGGACUCCCAGAUGACCAAGCAGGCACUAAAUGAGAUUGAGACCCGACACACAGAGAUCAUCAAGUUGGAGAACAGCAUCCGUGAGCUGCACGAUAUGUUUGUGGACAUGGCCAUGCUGGUGGAGAGUCAGGGAGAGAUGAUUGACAGAAUUGAGUACAACGUGGAACACUCUGUGGACUAUGUAGAGAGAGCGGUUUCUGACACCAAGAAGGCUGUCAAAUACCAGAGUCAGGCACGCAAGAAGAAGAUCAUGAUCAUCAUCUGCUGUGUAAUUUUGGGAGUGGUUUUGGCGUCCAGUAUCGGAGGAACCCUGGGCUUCUAAACGGCAUGAAGAGAGACAAACACUUGGAAAGCUGAGUGUUUUAUCCACUUAAACACGAGAUAAGGAAACUGUCAUAAAAACGGGGGUUGGGUAGGGUUAAAAAUUCAAAAAUCAACCAAUCGAGAAAAUAAAAAAAUCAAUAAAUAAAGGAGAUAUUACGUAAUAGAUGAUUUAAAUAUAUAUAUAUAUACAAAAAGUGGGUUCAAAUAAACAUAAUAUUUACAAACUGUACAUGUAAAUGUAUUGAACAUACAAGCGGCACAUGGGUUACUACUACCUGUAAAGGAAUAAAAAUCAAUUUUGUUUUUAUUUAUUUUAUUUUCUUUUAGCGUUGCUUUCGUUUUUGGGGGGGCCUCCAGGACAGUGCCAGCAACUGCUAAAUUGUUUUUACGUUCCGGCAGAACAUGGUGUUUGGCAAACCAUACUAGCAUUUUGAAUACUAACCAACUGACUGCAUAGAUGUUAUAGAUACUAGUGCUAGUCCGAUUUCAAUGGCCUAAAGUUCAGAGUGGUUGCUUGCAUUCAGAUGAAAAGCUCUCAUUAUUGCAUUAUUAGCUCAUUGCCGAUGGAGUGCUGUAGCUUAAAAGCACCGUCAACCUCAUAGCCGAAUUUCUGUCGUAGUAGUUUUACUGUGGGCAAGUGUAAACAACGAAGAAGAAAAAAAGAAGCACACAUCAUUGCGAAUUAUGAGAGAACGUGAUAUCGCCAAGUUUGCACUUCACAGUGACUUUCUUUUGAUGAACUGUAGAAAGGAACGGACAUUUCAUUUCAAGACGUUUAGAAAGCUACGCUGGGAUCGAUAGAGAGGCAUUGCGCAAACUGUUGAACUAUGCAGUUUUGAUAGUGAUUCGCCCCUGCAUUUUUAUUUAUUUACGGAAAUCUAGGAAUUGAUCAAGAGACAAAUUAUAUUUGUCUACAGCGAAGAUUUCAUGGGAACAUUUUGAUCAAUACUUGAAGCAACGCAUAGCCUAAAUAUUAUUUUUAUUGGAAGGAGGUUAGGUCGGCUGAAAGAAAUUUUCCUUAUUUAUUUCAUUUAGUUUUGCGCAUUUUGUUUAUUUGCCUUGUUUUAUAUUUUUUUACUAUUAAACAUGAACGGCUUGAACAGGACCGUUUUGGUUUCGAAGGAUCGAUCUGCGAGUUUGCGCGACGUUUUUCACCUUGGUGCUAGUUAACGUAGAGAGACUAAUAAAUGGAAAUACUGGAACGUGAGAAACACUAAGAUCCUUAUUGUUAGAUUAUACAUAUCUGAAACAGUAGUGGUCAGUGCAGAUGUCGACUAAAUAUUUACUUGUAGAUGCAUCUUGUACGGUUGGUCAGGACACUUAAUAUGCAGCGAAGAUUAGACGUAAAUUCUCUAAAUCCCCAGAGAGACAGCAUUUUGUCAAGUUGACGCUAGCUUAGAGUACAACGCUUCGAUUUCGCCCAAAGAUUGAUUUAUUUUUUGGUUCAUUUUUGGAAAAGCAAAUUAAAUUGUUUAUUUUCUUUUGCGGACAGAAAGUGCCAGCUUGGUCAGCUUGUUUUAAAUUCAAGGGCUAAAAUAAAACCAAACUUUAGCUCUGUUUAUUUUAUUAUUUUUGGCUUUUGUUGAUACAGAAUCCCUCUUGGCUUGAUUCCGAUUCGUCACACUCUUAGAACGACCUUACCCUCAUGUUCAUGACGAUACAGAACAUGUACCAACUCCGAAAGUGCACUCCUUUUCUCAAUACGGACUUCAUAUUUCCACGGAAUAGAUAACAGGAGCCCCCCCCGACUCCGUCCCGCUAUACCCCUAUACCUACCCAAAGCGAAGCAGUAGGGAACAGGAAUGAUUUUGGGGAUAAAUACUGUACACUUUUUACAAAGCCUGAGGCAGAGGGCCGGGACUAUUUUGCUUUAAUCAUUCCAGUAACGUCCAGCAUGUUUUCUUUGAAACUUCUGUGUAUUUAGUGUCGAAUCACUUACAUGUAUGGUAAAAAUGAGGUAAAUAUGUAUGUCGGUGUUGUUUUUAGUAGACGAUAUAGCUGGAAGGCCCUUAUUUGUUAACGCAUGCAACUUUCGCUUUGUUAGUUUGCAUGGCUCUCGAUCAUGUGUGCACUUUACAAUCAAAGAAAACGACGUCUUAUGCCACCGCAUCAUUUUGGGUUGUACCGUUUUUCCAUUUUGUUACUACGUUGACUCGUUUGUUGGUUCAUUUAUGGUGACUCUCUAAGGGUUGGAUGGGGGGGGAAUGACUUCAUUUAAUAGUUCAUCAUGACCCUGACGAUGCUGGAGUUUUACCGUGGUCCCCAUGAGUGUGUUCCCUGUGGAUGUGCACAGUUUGUUGUCGGGUAUUUUGUUCCUAAAACACGGUCAUAGUGUAAAACGAUGUAUAUCCCCCUUCCCCCCGCCCUCCUCACCCUCUGGUAUCAUUUUUGCGCAUCUUGUUCAUUUCGCACUUCCCCCGAUGUUUCCCGAACUUGAUUGUUGUGCUUAACUGGUGAUGAUACGUGAAUUCUUUCGUAAGACUAUUCUUUAUUGUGAGUCGUGUGCUGCGAAUUGUGUCGAAUUGUGCAACUCAAAAGGCCAUGUAUGCGUGCCCUGUCCCUUCUGCAUUUUUUCCUUUUUUACGUACACGUUGCUGUAUAUGUGAGCAUGAGCAUUUGUGUGUGUGUGCGCGUGUGUGUGUGUGGUUGUGAGUGUGUGUGUGUGCUCGUCUGCUGUCGGAGCCCUCGGUCGCAUCCGCAACGCCAACCGGGGCUUCUCUGGUCUGCAGGUCUAUGAUAUGCGCUCCAGUUUUGUGCCGACUUCAUUCAAAUGUUAAGAAAAGUAAUAAGACUAAAAAGCCAAAGCAUUAUGCGAGUACAGAGCACAAUGUUACAGUCGACUGUAUUGUGUAGUCCUCCCCGGCCGUAAAUCUCGUGAACUAUCUUGUGUAUGCAUUUACUUACUAUGUUUUCAUUGCUUUCAGCGACAAGGUUCUUGAUAUAAAAGGUUUAUUUAUUUAUUUAUUUAUAUUCAUCCUGAACAAUAUGUAUAAUGUAAACUACACAAGCUUGUUCGUUUUAAAGCACUUUCUCCAAAAACAGCUACGUACAAAAUAUCCCCAACAAUGUUGUGUGUACUGUAUGUUGGUUUUCUUUCGAUCUUUGUACCCUCGAUGAUGCUGUUUAUGUUUAUGCCCCUUGUUCAACUCACUUGCAUUGCUUCCUCUGUGCUGGCAAUACAUUAGACGUAGACAUUAGAUCAGCUCUGGUUAAAAGAAAAUGAAAUAAUAAUAAUAAAAAGAAGAAAAAAAAACCUGUACACUAACACGGGCACAGAUCUGGAUGAAAGUUUUCUCAGUUGUCUUAUUUUAUUUUGUCAACACUGUUUUUGGAUGUUCGUCACACAGACACUGAUAUGACCAGACAGCACUGGCAUAACACAGCACAUUGAGAAGGCAUUUUGUAAAUGAGUGAAAAUUACAAACUACUUAUAUAUGAAGAAAAAAAACUAUGUACCUUUUAGAGCUUAACUGCAUAAUAGUCUUUUUGGUUGGGGUUGUUGAGUGCCCCGUCACUGCAGGUGAAGAAAAAGACCCAAUCCGUUUGGAAAUGCAAUGUGUUCUUCGAAGCCGUCUGCAACUAUGUAGCCUGCUUUGUAGAUCCAACCUAAUCUCACGAGUAAACAAGUAUUUUAUAUUUUGUUAAUUUAGUCGCUAAUUCGUACGAAUUCGAGUUCAAUUGUACAAAAACGUACCAUUUUAAAAAGGAGGCGUGGCACCCGACCCCGCCCCUAAACCUAACUUUCAUUGACGGAUAAUGAGAUCGUACGAAUUGCCCACUAAAUCAAAAACGUACAAAUUGGCGUAAGAUUGUGUUGGUAGAUCGCAAAGCUCGCUACGCUUAAGCUGUCUGACGAACAGCUCUCAAAGACUUUUACGUUAACGGAUACGACUUCUCGACUAAUGAGCACCCAAGACCUGCGAUGGUGAUUCUUCUCAACAGCCCCAGCCAUGAUCCUCCUUAAUUUCAUCCCCUUUUGUGUCAUUCCUUUGAUGUAUAUUCCCAUUAAAAUUUAUACCAGUAUUCUUGUUUCAGUGUUAGAUUUAGAACGAGGAAAACGGUUUGCGGAGAUGGUGCUCAAACUGUGAUUUCAGCAAAAUGAUCAUCAUUCGCCGAGUAAUGAUGUGAUGAAAACACUACUUUAAUUAGAACGGGAAGACGACUGGAUGAGGAUGACAUAAUUGAAUUAUACCAUUAUCAAAUGUGAUGAAUUAUAUAACUACGAUGAUUUUAAAGAAUCCCGAGAAGUUGUGUUAUAUUAGUAGUAAUUAUGAAUGCUCGCGAUUUUGUCAAUCUGAACUGAAUCUUUGUCUUGUAAUUAUUGUAAAUAUUUCAAAGAGAGGAAAAAAAUGACUUGCAUGUCCAUGUAUAAAACUACUAAAAUAGUUCCGGUCAAAGUUGAGAGGUUGAUUGAUUUAACGUUCUUUGAUCGCUUGUCCUAAAAGCAGCAUCUAACGCUUUCAGUGAUGUCAAGGGUGCUCUAGAACCAAGAAAAGUGGAACAACGCUUUUCCAUCAGAUUCAAUAUAAUACGUCGUGUUACCUCAGAGAGCCAUCAGCGGGUCAUCUCUGGGGGAAAAAAGUGCUUCCCUCCAUGUACACCAUCAAUAGGUCUACAGGUCAAAUGCACACUAUCUGUAGCUUCCAGGCACUGCUUCUCCUGCAAAGCUCCACCUCAUUGGCAAUGCCAAAUUUAGUACAAUUAGCAGCAUUUUUGUGCAUUUCGUGAUAUAUGCUUUCACAAUCGGAAAUCAUUGACUGUAGCAUGGCUGGGAAAAAAAGCUCUGGGGAUGAGCUCUAUACAAAGAGUGGAAGUUUCUUUCAAAGUACAGUAAAAAAUAAUAACGCUCAAACACUCAUCUGUGCAAUACAAAGAAAAGGGCUUUCUCACACAUGCAUUUGAAAGCACUGAAGAACGCCAACUUCAAUGUUAUUGUGGGAAUCGAGAACAGCCGCCGCUUUAUGUGUCGCCACACAUCUUCUCGCCCGCUAUAUAAAGUGCAUUCAGGGCAGAAACCGCAAUGAGAAGGGCACCGAGGAUGCGAAGGAAGAAAUCAAAUCGAGUUCUGCAACUUUGACUGGAAUUGCAACUUCUGUCUUUUAUUUUCUGUGUGUGUAUGUGUGUACUGUAUUGUAAAAAAAGGAAAAAGAUACAAACAAACAACCUAACUGUCCCUCUCUCCCCCCCACUUUCUCUCUUGUAAUACUGUUUGCUGUUCUGUUUGGUUAGUGUGGCGUACCAGUAUCCCUCUCCUCCCCUAAACCCUUUGCUAUCUUCCUCCCUUCUCUCACAAUCUCUCUCUCUCUCUCUCUCUUUCUCUCUCCCUCUUUUCUCCAUGGAUCUUUAAGAUGAGAACUCUAUGCAGAUGCUGUCUUUUAUAAGUGUGUCAAAAUUUUAAGUUGAAAUGAAAAAUGAAAAAAGAAAAACCCCAACAAACAGAUAUUAUGAACUGAAACAAAAAAUAAAGAAAAACGAUUGUCCAGUGUACAA